AUGGAGCGGCGGCGCGCGCCCGCCGCCCCCCCCCGGUACGGGCGGCGCCGGUUCUGGGACGAGCUCUACCGGCGGGAGGGCGCCGAGACCCGCGAGUGGCUGGGGGGGCUCUCCCGGUUUCUCCCGCAGCUGGAGCCCGAGCUGCGCCCCGGUGAUCGCAUCCUCGUCCUCGGCUGUGGCAACAGCGCCCUGAGCCACGACCUGCACGAGCUGGGCUACACCGACGUCACCAGCAUCGACUUCUCGGCUGCCUGCAUCGCGGCCAUGCGCGCCCGCUACGCCCACUGCCCCGGCCUGCGCUGGGCUGUCAUGGACAUCCGUGCCCUCGCCUUCCCCGACGCCUCCUUCGACGUGGUGCUGGAGAAGGGCACCCUCGACGUGCUCCUGGUGGAGGAAACUGACCCCUGGCACGUCUCGCCCCAGGCAGCCGCUGCGAUGCGCCGGGUGCUGGCAGAGGUGAGCCGGGUGCUGCGCCCAGGGGGCUGCUUCAUCUCCAUCACCUUUGCCCAGCCCCACUUCCGCAAGCCCCACUAUGCCCAGGAGGACUUUGGCUGGUCCCUGCGCCACGCUGCCUGCGGGGAUGGGGACGCCGGAGCCUUCCACUAUUUCCUGUACGUGAUGCGCAAGGGGCAGCCCCUGGAGCCCCGGGAUGUGGCCUUGGGGCGCCGCCUGCACCAGCCCCCCCCGGCCCCCGCCCCGCCGCCGGCCCCCGCCCCCCCGGACGACGACGAGGACUAUCUCCUCGCCAUCCAGCUGUGA